UUAAUUAAGAUGCACACCUACUUGUGUCUUUUUAUAGGACUGUCUUAACAACUUAUCUCCAUCCUUUUGGUCUGUUUGAGAGCGAACGAACAAAUCUGCCUGUCCUCUCUAGUCUCACACUCAGGAUUUCGUAAUAAACAGGAUGACUUCUCAUCAGCCCAGGCCCUUUGUCACGGCACACACCUCCAACCAGUGGAGCUCUGGAAUCUGUGACUGCUGUCAAGAUGUACCAGAAUGUUGCUUCUCGUUUUGGUGCUUUCCCUGUUUUGCCUGUGCGACGGCUCGUAAGCAUGGCGAGUGUCUGUGUCUGCCUCUGCUCGACGGAUUUGGAUGCAUUCCUCCAAUAGCAACGGCCAUGAGGGUAUCAGUGCGCAAUCGCUAUGGAAUCCAGGGUUCUAUCUUUAAUGAUUGCGUUUAUUCCACCUUCUGUGGCGUCUGCGCCUGGUGUCAGAUGUCUCGAGAAAUGAAUGUCCGUGAAAACAACAUCACUCUUGUCCACAAUCGAGCAAAAUAAAGGCAACUGGGCAACCAACAGCUUCCUUGCUGUUCCUAACAAAGUGUGUCACCUGAAAGGGCCCUCAUUGUUCUCAGUGACAUUAGAGCUGCACCACUAUAUUUGUUCCAUUCAAUAAAAACAGUUUGAUGUUUGUCUGCAUUUUAAUAAAUGUAAAUAAAUCUUUCUACUUUGCACAGCUAUGUAAUGUAUUAAAAUACCAAGGCCUGUAUCCAAAUUUCCUGCCUUAAAAUGUGAAUUCCACUUUAUCAGAUUUAUUUUUGAAUAACCACAUCACACUAAAGAGCAUUAUAGGGAAAAACAAAUAUCCACACUUUGCUCACACAUGGUUUUGAGCUAUAUAAUGGGAGCAGGUGUGGGUCACUGUGAGAACCAUCAUACUGCAUACAGACCGCAACUGUUACAACAGGAUAAACUUAAAGGGUUAGUUCACCCAAAAAUGAAAAUUAGCCCAUGUUUUACUCACCCUCAAGGCAUCCUACGUGUAUAUGACUUUCUUCUUUCAGACGAAUCCAAUCAGAGUUAUAUUUAAAAUGAUCCUUUCUCUUCCAAGCUUUAUAAUGGCAUUUUUCUUUACAAAUCCUCGUUUUGUGCUUCUAAUUUGUGACCGGCAUUUUGUUUUAAAUCUCUUUCUGUUGCGCUUCCGUGUUCGUCACUACUCACCGGCGCGUACCCGAUGCAUACGUCCUACGUCAACCCCCAGAACGGCUUCCAUGUACGACAGUUAGUGGAAGUGAGAGAAAAGUGUUUAUAACGUUUUAAAUAUGGAUAUUUUUCUUCAACAAACGCAUUGAAACGCUGCAGGAGGCCUUUAUUCACCCCCCAGAUCCGUAUGAGGCACAUUUUAUUAUGGAUGUGCGCGUUUAUUUGACUUCUUUUGGACUGUUGAAUGCCAUUAUAAAGCUUGGAAGAGCAAGGAUAAUUUUUAAUAUAACUCUGAUUGGAUUCAUCUGAAAGAAGAAAGUCAUUAUUCACCUUGAGGGUGAGUAAAACAGGGACUAAUUUUCAGUUUUGGGUGAACUUACCCUUUAAUUUCCAUAUGGUAAACUUUUCUAAAAAAUGUAGUGGAGGAUGUUAGGGGUUCAGUAUCACUCCAUUGUGCUUCGUUUACUUUGUCACUGUUAUUCUGCAAUAAAACGUCA